CUCUCGGCCGGGGCGAGGCGGGGCGGACGGCGGCCCUCAGGGUCACCGCGGCCAGUCGGCCGGCAGACGGGCCAUGUUCCAGUCCAGUCGGCGGUGGUGACGGCGGCCGGAGGAGCGGGGCAGCGGCUGGUGACUGCGAUAACUGAGCCUGUCACCAGCAGGGCAGUUACCGGCACCAGCAGAACGGCCAUCUGCACCAGAAUUACGGGCAGCACCGCCGAUCGUCGCCGCACGCCGCUGAAUACCAUCGGUGUAGACGGAGCUGCCGCUAUGACCGGGUGGCGGACGCUGUCGCCGCUGCUCCUGCCGCUGCUGCUGUCACUCUCCGUCUCCGUCCGAGCCGGCUCGGUGAUCGCUCCUCCCUGGGUGGACGCCGCCCUGAACCCCUGCUCCUCAGAGAGCUGGCAGCUGGUCCAGUGGCCGGCCGACGGCCGCUGCUACCCCAUCUUCCAGCGGGGGCCGUGUCCGCCCAGCCAGGAGCUGAUCUGGGACUCGGCCGGCCGCCGGGCCGUCUGUGCCUGCCCCACUGGACACCUGGAGCACGCGGCCACGGCGCGCUGCUACCGGCGCCACUCGCGCGGCCCCUGUCCGCGGCGGCACUUCUUCACGGACGGCGCCGGCCGCGCCACGUGCCGGCCGUUCGGCGAGUGCGCGCCCGGCCACAUCUUCUGGCCGGCGGACGGGCAGUGUCACGAGCGGCUGACACGCGGCCCUUGCGCGCGCGGCGAGCUGCUGGCGCUCAAUCCGCUGACGCUGGAGCCAGAGUGCGGCUGCAGCCGGAGCGGGCAGAUGGCGCGCAGCUACUGGCCGCACACGGACUCGUGCUACCAGGAGUACACCCGCGGCCCCUGUCCGCACGGCCUGCUGUUUGUCUUCAACGCCAGCCGGCAGGCGGUCGAGUGCAGCUGCCGGCCGCAGAUGCGCGAGCACUACCACUCAGACACCGGACAGUGCUUCCCGCAGCAGGCGCGCGGCCCGUGUCCGCACGGGAACCUGUUCGUGUUCAACAACGCCACGGGCCGGACCGAGUGCCGCUGCGAGCCGGGCGGUCUGCGGCUGCCGGCCACGGGAGCCUGCUACCGCGGCUACACUCAGGGCGCGUGCGCCGGCGGCCAGUUUGUCGUGCCGGCGGCCGACGAGCCGCGGCACGGCGUCUGCGCCGACAACCCGUGCCGGCGCGGCGAGCUGUUCUUCCCGACGGAUGGCCGGUGUCACCGGGUGGGCGAGCGCGGCCCGUGCCCGGUUGGCCAGCUGGUCCACUACGAGCCGUACCGGGGCGUCAGCCACCGCGGCGCCUGCGGCUGCUCGGCGCGGCUGCGGCUCAACUAUUGGCCCGAGGACGGCCGGUGCUACCAGCAGCUGACGCGCGGCCCCUGCCCGCCGCAGCACGCCUUCGUCUUCAACGCCGCCAGCGGACGGACCGAGUGUCGGUGUGAACGGCGCCGAGGGCGUGCCGUGGGGGCGGGGGUGUGCGGCGCGCCGCCGGCCCUGCAGGACACGGCCGCGCCGCCGCCGACCGAGCGACCCUGUCCCGGCGGCCGGGAGCCGGCGGCGACGGCCGACGGAGGCCGGGAGUGCCGCUGUCCGCCGGGCACAGUGGCCGACCGGAGCCGGGGCCGCUGCCGGCCCGCGCCGCGGCCCCUGCAGAUGGUCAGGAUCACUCGGUGACACGGACCCGCCUUGGUGACUCCCCGGCCCGGGCGGCACGGUAUAUUCUGCCUAACCUGCAAUGCUCAACAGGUCCGCCGCAAUCCAGGGAAGCUUUGUUUAUGCCGCCAGGGCAGAAAGGGCGAAAACCGUUUGAGACCACCAGCUCUCGGGAGUUGGAACUGAUCUCCACACAUUCCUGCGGCGUCGCAUUUCUCAGCGUGCCAAUGUGUGAUUGGUUUAUGGCCAGAACGUAUCGACAGAGAAGAGUUGCCGGCAUUAUGUAGGCUUUAUAGAGCACGCAUUGUGUGCCUGCGUUUCGCCCUCCCAUGGUAUCACUGUGGAGUCUUGUGGAUGAAGGAAGGGCCGCUUCCGUGAGGCAGCGUCUCUACGUAAUUCAUCAGUGAUGAACUAUGCAAAUACAGACCGGGUACAGAU